AUGCCUGCAACUGGGAAACUAAGCCAUGAGGAGCGGCGAAGGGGUGAAAUUGCUCUGAGUGAAUUCGCCGAGUAUGCUGAGAAGCAGCAAGCCCACCGCUCCGGUCAAGUCGCACCCAGCGACAGCGGAUAUUCCACCGCGAGCGUGUCCCGCGAUCAGGAAGAUCAUGCAGAGCUCGACAUCCUCGACCAGCUCGGGCUGUCGGACACACCUAGAACAGCUAAACUGAAGGAUCUCCUUCUCGGUACGGGCGACGCCAUCGAAGACAACCUGCAGGUGUUAGCUGGGAUAUUACAAACACGUAUUGACGAAGGCCAUGGAGAGACCAUUCUUGAUCUCGGAUUGGAGGAUGGUGGUGAGUCCAUGGGCUUCGACCUCGAUCAAUGGAAGACGGCACUGCAGCGCCUGUGCGAGGCGGCAGAGACCAUCCCUGCCCAUUGCCGGGUAUUGUUGACCUAUAACGUCGGUGGCCCUGAGGAAUCCUCGGUCAAUAGUAACCGGAUUCAAGGCGCCUGGGGAAAGGUCUUGGUACGCCACCACGCUGAUAACAUCGAGGAGAUGGCCGAGCUCCGAAUAGCCGUGGUGGGUAAUGUCGAUGCUGGUAAGAGCACUAUGCUGGGAGUAUUGGUGAAAGGUGGUCUUGACGAUGGGCGUGGUCGUGCGCGAGUCAACCUGUUCCGUCACAAGCACGAGAUUGAAAGUGGGCGUACCAGCUCCGUCGGUUUGGAGAUCAUGGGCUUCGACAGCCGUGGUGAGAUCGUUGGCAAUUCGCAAGGCCGGAAGCUCUCAUGGGAAGAAAUUGGCAAGCGCUCUGCCAAAGUCAUCUCCUUCUCCGAUCUGGCAGGUCACGAGCGAUACCUGCGCACCACUGUGUUCGGUAUGUUGAGCAGCAGCCCCAACUACUGUUUGUUGAUGGUUGCCGCCAACAACGGUCUUAUCGGAAUGAGCAAGGAACAUCUCGGUAUUGCUUUGGCGCUUAAUGUGCCAGUGAUGGUCAUUGUGACCAAGAUCGACAUUUGCCCACCCCAUAUUCUGCAAGAAACCUUGUCGCAGCUGACCAAGAUUCUCAAAUCCCCUGGCGCUCGCAAGAUUCCCAUAUUCGUCAAGGAUAUGGAAGAGACUAUUAACACGGCCACACAAUUCGUAAGCCAGCGAAUAUGUCCUAUUUUCCAGGUGUCCAAUGUCACCGGAGAGAACCUCGAUCUAGUACGGACCUUCCUGAACAUUCUGCCUCACCGCGGUCAAUAUGACGCAGAGGGAGCGUUUGAGUUCUUGAUCAACGACACUUUCUCUGUUCCCCAUGUAGGGACUGUCGUCGCGGGUGUGGUCAAGUCUGGGGUCAUCCACGCGGGAGACACGGUCGUAGUUGGACCGGACUCGCUCGGCCAGUUCACCACCACAGUGAUCAAAUCUAUUGAGCGCAAACGUAUCCAGGUGAAUGCUUGCUUUGCUGGCCAGUCCGGCUCUUUUGCUUUGAAGCGCGUCCGCCGAAAGGAGGUCCGCAAAGGCAUGGUUGUGUUGAAGAAGUUGGACGAAGUUCCAAAGGUAUAUCGGGAAUUCGUCGCGGAGGUUCUGAUUCUUUCUCACGCAACCACCAUCAAGCCUAAAUAUCAAGCCAUGCUGCAUGUCGGGGCAGUUAGUCAGACCUGCUCAGUCAUUGACAUCGACCGACCCUUCAUUCGAACUGGCGAUCGGGCGCUAGUCGCUUUCAGAUUCGUCCAACGUCCCGAAUUCUUGGCCCCCGGAGACCGUGUUCUCUUCCGUGAGGGCAAGACCAAGGGACUUGGAAUUGUGAAGAGUCUCGGUUACGACUCGAGCCAACCUUUGAAUCCAGGUGCUCAAGAAGGAGCCGCCACUCCAACUCCCUCAAUACCUCACGCAUGA